CGGAUGGAUAUUGUCACAUGACGCUUUUCCACGUCGCAAUGUUUUCUUAGUAUAAAUAAAGUGUCCGCGCCUUUCGUGAAUCAUAUUGAACACAGAAGCAAGAACAGUUUCUAAGAAGACGUGUACGUUACAUUUACCUCGAGGUUAAUCGUGUGAAGAUGCAGAUCUUCGUGAAGACCCUCACAGGCAAGACCAUCACCCUUGAGGUGGAGCCCAGUGACACCAUUGAGAAUGUGAAGGCCAAGAUCCAGGACAAGGAGGGCAUCCCCCCAGACCAGCAGCGUCUGAUCUUCGCUGGCAAGCAGCUGGAAGAUGGCCGCACCCUCUCUGACUACAACAUCCAGAAAGAGUCCACCCUCCACCUUGUGCUGCGUCUCAGGGGAGGCAUGCAGAUCUUCGUCAAGACCCUCACUGGUAAAACCAUCACACUAGAAGUGGAGCCCAGUGACACCAUUGAGAAUGUGAAGGCCAAGAUCCAGGACAAGGAGGGCAUCCCCCCAGACCAGCAGCGUCUGAUCUUCGCUGGCAAGCAGCUGGAAGAUGGCCGCACCCUCUCCGACUACAACAUCCAGAAAGAGUCCACCCUCCACCUUGUGCUGCGUCUCAGGGGAGGCAUGCAGAUCUUCGUCAAGACCCUCACUGGUAAAACCAUCACACUAGAAGUGGAGCCCAGUGACACCAUUGAGAAUGUGAAGGCCAAGAUCCAGGACAAGGAGGGCAUCCCCCCAGACCAGCAGCGUCUGAUCUUCGCUGGCAAGCAGCUGGAAGAUGGCCGCACCCUCUCCGACUACAACAUCCAGAAAGAGUCCACCCUCCACCUUGUGCUGCGUCUCAGGGGAGGCAUGCAGAUCUUCGUCAAGACCCUCACUGGUAAAACCAUCACACUAGAAGUGGAGCCCAGUGACACCAUUGAGAAUGUGAAGGCCAAGAUCCAGGACAAGGAGGGCAUCCCCCCAGACCAGCAGCGUCUGAUCUUCGCUGGCAAGCAGCUGGAAGAUGGCCGCACCCUCUCCGACUACAACAUCCAGAAAGAGUCCACCCUCCACCUUGUGCUGCGUCUCAGGGGAGGACAGUAAAAGUUUCCCCUGCUUCUGUUCUGGCAAAUGUUCAGUUUUUUCACAUGUUUGUUUUUUAUUGAAGUCAUUAAAGGCUAAAUGAAUGCAAUUAA